AUAUUCACUCUCCUUCACUCAAGCAGGUUUCUUAACAUUUUUAAAUUUUACAUAUGAUUUUAUACACCCAUCUUCGCUCCUGCCAUUGAUAUUUUCUCUUUGAUUUUAGAAUGUUUAUCAACUUCCUUUUUUGGACUGAAUACUGUGCAUUUAGUUUAGUCAAUGUUUAAUCUGAGAAACUGCCAUUGUAGUUUUGGCUAUGAGUCUAUGGAUAUUAAAAAAAAUGAUUUUACUGUAAUUGACUGGUCUGGGACGUGGUCCCGUUGACAUCGACACGCACUUCCAGUAGCAUUAUUCAUUUUAAUUGUGCAUAGGCACCACCGCACCAGCUUCAAUGGCGGAAAUCACUUCACCAGAAAGGAUCACUCUGUUUUCCCCUUACAAGAUGGCCAACUUCAAUCUCUCUCACAGGGUGGUGCUUGCGCCCAUGACUAGAUGCAGAGCUUUGAAUGGAAUCCCUGGACCGGCUUUGGCUGAGUACUACACGCAAAGAUCCACCCAAGGUGGAUUCCUCAUCACUGAAGGGACUCUGGUCUCCAACACAGCGGCCGGUUUCCCACAUGUCCCUGGGAUUUACAAAGAAGAACAAGUGGAGGCAUGGAAGAAGAUAGUGGACGCAGUCCAUGCUAAAGGCAGCAUCAUUUUCUGUCAACUUUGGCACGUUGGUCGUGCCUCUCAUCAAGUUUAUCAACCUAGUGGGGGGUCCCCAAUAUCUUCAACCAACAAGCCCAUUUCGAACCGGUGGAGAAUUCUAUUGCCAGACGGGUCAUAUGGGACGUAUCCUAAGCCUCGGGCCUUGGAGACCUAUGAAAUACGCGACGUGGUGGAGGAUUAUCGCCGUGCUGCCAUAAAUGCCAUUCGAGCUGGUUUUGAUGGAAUUGAAAUCCAUGGUGCACAUGGAUACCUCCUUGACCAAUUCUUAAAAGAUGGAAUCAAUGAUCGAACCGACGAGUACGGUGGCUCGAUUGAUAACCGUUGCAAAUUCAUAAUGCAAGUGGUUGAAGCAGUAGCCUCAGCCAUUGGUGCCUCUAGAGUUGGUGUUAGAAUUUCACCAGCAAUCGAUCACCUUGACGCCAUGGAUUCCGACCCACUUGGCCUUGGUUUAGCAGUGGUGGAGAGGCUUAACAAACUCCAACUGAAGCAGAGAUCGCAACUCACUUAUCUCCAUGUGACUCAGCCUCGAUACACAGCCUAUGGUGAGACAGAAUCAGGCAGACCCGGUAGUGAUGAAGAAGAAGCCCACUUAAUCAGGACAUUAAGAAAAAACUACGAGGGAACAUUCAUGUGUAGUGGUGGCUUCACUCGGGAGCUGGGAAUGCAAGCCUUAGCGGAUGGUGAUGCAGAUUUGGUGUCUUAUGGUCGUCUUUUUAUCUCAAACCCUGAUUUAGUAUUAAGAUUUAAGCUGAAUGCACCUUUGACUAAGUACAAUAGGAAGACCUUUUACACACAGGAUCCUGUUGUUGGGUACACUGACUACCCUUUUCUUAGCAACGCAAGUGGGAGAUCACGUCUUUGAGUUAAUAUCAUAUGGAAUAUAUCAUUAACUAUUUAUUGUAUUGUAUGGAGAUGAAGUCUUGGUUCUCAUUUACCAAAUAUGCAUAUAUAGUCAUUGACUAGUUGUAGUUGUUCAUAUAAGACAUUGUCUCCUCUCCUGCCGCAUUUUUCCCGGGCAAAUGCCCAAUUAAGCAACAUUAUAAUAAGAAAAUUAAGGGGGGUACGUUUGGAAGUUAUUGUGUAGUUACAAAGUCUAAGUUGUAUAAUUAUUAUAGUCUAUUGAAAAGACAGAAUAGUAAAUAUUGGGUGAUAGUUAAAAAAAAAA